UGUAAUUUAAACAGCUGAUAGUUAACAAAAUCUACAAAUAUUAUACAGUGGAUAAAUAUCUAAGAUUUUUAUAAAUAAUAUAAGAAGGCGAGGAUCCUUCGGGUAGUAAAAGUGCACACAAACACAUCUGCAGUAUAGAAAUGACGUCCCGUAAACGUAGUGGAAGUGGAUCCUCAAAGCGUCCCAAAGAGAAAGUUGUUUACAUUUAUGAAUUGUUUUUCCGUGGAGAAGAUCCAACAACCGAAAGUACUGAAUUCUGGAAUGAAUUUUUUUUGUUGCAACCCAAUGUAGAAUCACUUGAAGCUGAAGUAACUAAGCUAACAUGCGAGCAGUUCUUGGUAGUUAGCAAAAAUCUGAAUUUAAUAUUUCAGAAAAGCAUUGACAUAUUAGAAACAGAUCAUCCAAAGCGAUUGUUUAAUAGUCUUCAAACACUCAGUUCACUUUUUUAUGCAAUAUUCAAAAAAGCAUCAACAGAUUCUUCAUUUAAUUAUUUAAAUGAAAUAUUUGGCAACGAACAAAUGGAUAAAAGCAUGAGACAGUUUAUGAACAACUGUAACCAAAUACUAUUAGGCGAAGUAGCUGAGAGUGCACGAUUCAUGUGCUUGAAACUACUACUAGUAAUUGUGACGGGCACUGACAAUGUAAGUCAAAAUAUACUGCUAGAGUACUUGACAACGUAUACACUUUUUGAAGACUUUGUGCGCUUAUUGAGUGAUCCUUCAUUGCGGGCACAACAUGGCCACGACGUUGUUAUUUUGUUGACUGUAUUGGUUAACUAUAGAAAACAUGAAGCGGCUAAUCCUUAUGUGGUGCAGUUAUCUAUACUGGCUGACGAAAUGGCACUAAACGGCUAUGGUCAGAUGAUAUCACAAUCUCUGAUCGACUUUUGUCGUCAGUACAUGCAGAGUUUAUCGAAUGUUCAAUCUUCAUCUUGGUUUUCAUCAUUAUCAAACAUUGUGGGAAAUAUGUUUGUGUCAGACGAAGGCUGUGAACGUGUACAACAAAUCAAAGCUAACAAUGGACUUUUACUAGCUCUAUACGAAGCGGUACAUCUUAAUCGUAAUUUCAUUACAACAUUAGCUCACACACAAGCCGAAUCGAGUGCUCCGCCAUCUCCUAGUAAUACUUUAAAUUUAGCGGAACCCGUGCCUGAUUUGGCAACUGCUCCGAUAAUAGACAUGACGCAAUAUCCUACUAAUUUACUAGUUGCCGUUUUUCAAUACUGUUCUAUUGUAAUGCAAGAUAACAAAAAUGAAUCCAGUGUCGCCAAUCUUAAGCUUUGUUUCCUUAUUUUAACUUGCAUAUCAGAGGAUCAAUAUGCAAAUUCAAUGAUGCAUGAUAGCAAUCUCACAUUUAAAGUCAUGUUACAUCGUGCUCAAAUGCGUCAUCGCAAGUUAAAUAUUGAUCGGGUGGGCAAAUCUCAACCAUUGGCAGCCACUUUACUUGAUCUACUAGUUGAAUUCAUCGUUUCACAUUUAAUGAAGAAAUUUCCAAUGGAAUUAUAUUUGCUUUGCGUCGGCGUUAUUCAUCGAAUACUUUGCUAUCAAAAACGUUGCAGAGUUCGCUUGAAUUAUCCAUGGAAGGAGUUGUGGUCGGCGUUAAUUGGAUUACUUCGCUUUCUUGUCAAUCAGGAGCAAACACUUGUGAAGAAAUGCAAUAUAUUUUAUUUAUCAGUUCAGGUGGUAAAUAUUUUUAACUUAUUUAUUACAUAUGGAGAUACUUUCUUGGCUACAACGAAUAGCUACGAUGAACUGUACUACGAGUUAAAUAGAGAAGAGAAAGUGUUUUCAGAAAUACACGCAAUGGUCUUACGUUACACUACAAUGGCAGAUUGUGAAUAUAAAGAUGACGUCAUAAAACUAUUGAAUGCGCUCGUUAACAUAUUGGCCAUAGUAAAGCAUUUUCAAAAUAAAAUAAAAGAGUGGUUGGCGGAACAAGGCCUCUCUACGCCAACUGAAGACCAAAUUCUAGAUGUGGUACGUAAGAACUACGAUCUCACGCUUAAACUACAAGAUUCGCUUGAUCAGUACGAACGAUAUGCGGAAGCACCACGACAUAGUGCAUUCUUUAAAAUAAUGGUUCGAGAUGUGGUGAUCGACACUCGUAAACACAUAUACGACUAUGUGAAGGAGGCAAUUUCCAUUAUACCAGACCAUGAUGUUAUACUAUCAACAAACUUAUCUGUUACAGGCACAUAAGUUAAGUAAAUAUUCUUUCAUAUUCCUUUAUAUUUGGAAAAGUUGAUACUGUAAUAUGCUUCAAUUUUUUAUAAUGCAAUUUGUCCUGAAUAAACAAAUAUUAUAUUAUUAUGACGUAUUAAAAA